AUGUCAGAUAAAAAUACAGAAAAAUUUGAGGAGGUUGAAAUCAAAGAGGAGAUAACAAACGCCGAACAAAUUAACGCUCCUUCAACCUGGGCAUCAUCAGUAUUCAGUUGUAAAUGUGAUGAAUACACCGAAAAUAACAACCUGAAAGCUGAAUAUGUACCGGCCAAUGAGUUUGAAAUUGGAUCCGAGGACUUUAAGAACCAAUUCGCAAACAGUGAAGUUCCUGAUCGUGGCAAUGUGGGUGACACUAUUGGAGAAGCCACUCCGUCUGCUAAGAAGUCUGCUGAGCUUGGUAAGAAGUCUGCUAAGCUUGCUAACGAACCUUACAAAUGUGAACUGUGUGACUACAGCACUAAUCUUCCUGGAACAUUGAAAAGACACAUACGGACACACACUGGGGAGAAACCUUAUUCUUGCAGUUUGUGUGAUUAUAAAUCGAGUCAUUUGAGCAGUCUCAAAGUCCACAAACGGUCACACACUGGAGAAAAACCAUAUUCUUGCAGUUUGUGUGAUUAUAAAUCGCAUCGAUUGGACAAUCUUGCUGCUCACAAACGGAGACACGCUGGAGAAGACACUCUGUCUGCUAAGAUAUCUGAUGAGCUUACUAAGAUAUCUGCUGAGCUUGGUAACGAACCUUACAAAUGUGAAUUGUGUGACUACAGGACUAAUCUUCCUGUUAUGGUGAAAAGACACAAACGUAUAACACAUACCGGGGAGAAACCCUAUUCUUGCAGUUUGUGCGAUUAUAAAACGAAACGAUCGAGCACUCUUGCUACUCACAAACGGACACACACUGGAGAGAAACCUUAUUCUUGCAGUUUGUGUGAUUAUAAAUCGAGUCAUUUGAGCAGUCUCAAUUACCACAAACGAACACACACCGGAGAGAAACCUUAUUCUUGCAGUUUGUGUGAUUACAAAUCGAAUCACUCGGGCGCACUUGCUACUCACCAAUGGACACACUCGGAAGACAGACCUCACCACUGUACUAUCUGCAACCUUAAAGUGAAAACGGCUGGAACCUUGAAAAGGCAUAUGAUGAUUCAUAGUAGGCAGUAUGCCUGCGAAUAUUGUGACUGUAAUCCUAAGUCCAAGGAAGCUUUGUUAAGACAUAUAAGAUCUAAGCAUAUACUAGCUCACCUAAACGAUGGUAAAAUAAUCAUAGAUCCCAAGAUAUGUCUGGAAUGGGCAAUAGAACCUAAUUAAUUAAUAUAUUAAUAGUCAUAAAGUU